CUGGGCCGCGUCUCAGGCGCUCGCUGAAGGCGCUGCCCACCCGGCCAUGGCUCUGAGGGAGCUGAAAGUUUGCCUUCUGGGGGACACUGGUGUGGGCAAAUCAAGUAUUGUGUGGAGAUUUGUCGAAGAUAGCUUUGAUCCCAACAUCAACCCAACAAUAGGAGCCUCAUUUAUGACCAAGACUGUACAGUAUCAAAAUGAGCUGCAUAAAUUCCUGAUUUGGGAUACAGCUGGACAGGAACGGUUUCGUGCUUUAGCCCCGAUGUAUUACCGAGGGUCAGCAGCAGCCAUUAUAGUGUAUGACAUCACAAAAGAGGAAACUUUCUCAACGUUAAAGAACUGGGUUAAAGAGCUUCGCCAGCACGGACCUCCCAACAUUGUUGUAGCUAUUGCAGGAAAUAAGUGUGAUCUUAAUGAUGUCAGAGAAGUCAUGGAAAAAGAUGCUAAAGACUAUGCAGAUUCCAUUCAUGCAAUAUUUGUAGAGACAAGUGCAAAAAAUGCAAUAAACAUUAAUGAACUCUUUAUAGAAAUUAGUCGCAGAAUUCCAUCCACCGACACCAACCCCGCAACCAGUGGGAAGGGCUUCAAACUUCGACGACAGCCAUCGGUGACAAAGCGCAGCUGCUGCUGACUGACCCCUUGGAAAAUCAAACUUGUUUAUACACAAAAAUGCACGACUUGGAAAGAAUCAAACAAGCAUUACCAGGCUUUAUCCCUGAAGUGUCACAGAGAACAAACCUUUCAAGGGAUAUAAGACUAUCCUGAAAUCCAAGAAUACUGAUAGGCUUAGCCUGUGACAUGUCAAAAUGUUCUAGGGUCAGCUUUUUCCUCCUUUCCCCUCUCCAUUUCCUGCCACCCCACCCAAGGCUGAAUUUUUAACAUAGUGUUGUCAGUGUCCAUGCUAUAAAGAGCUAUUCAGAAAUACUUAGAAAAGUUCUAAUGGCUGAGAGUUACUUGGUGCUCCCUAUUUUACAUGAAGAAUCAAGGCAGUAGGAUGACUUUCCUCAGUCUAGAAUAAGGAUGUCUUAAAAUAAACAAUUUUACUGUUCUGGUUACAUCAACCUGCAAAUUGAUGUUCCUAAAUUUUUGCUUAAACACUAACUAUAAAUUUUAUUUAAGGAGCUAAUUACCUUUAUAAAGAUUUUCUUUUAAGAAGGUUAGGGCUUACUUUGCUUGGUUUCUGUUGAUGUGUUCACAUAUGUAUUACUGAACAAACCAGCUUUUCCAAAUGUUGAAAGACACAGACCACUCUUCUGUCAUGCUCUUCAUCACUGUGGGUGUGAUACUCCAUCCAGUUGUUGCACUUGAAUAUUCUGUAACUCUGACACCUUGAUACUAUCUUGCCUCAGUUUUACUCAUGUUACAUUAUGUAUUCCUAUUAAAUCCAUUAUGUUUUCUUGGCAAUUUGUUCUUUGUUUCCUUAUGGGAUUUAGACAAUGGUAGGUACUGAGUGUCUCUUUUGCCACAAAGUUCUAGAAGCAUUUGUCACAGGAGCAAAUAUUUGUAGGCAAAAUGGUAAUUCAUUAGCACAGACUUAUGAAACUGGUACAGUAGCUGAGACCUGUGCCAUGACUGUAUUUCACCACAUAAUGACAGCUAAAAGCACAUUCACCUGGAAGAGCAAGUUAUUGUAAGCUUCUAGUCCACUCUUCUGUAUUUUACCUUUCUUUCUUGUACUUCCUCUUUCUGAAAUUGUGUAUCCAGCACUGACACUGUGAUGGUGAAUUAAUUGAUUUAGGGCACAGAAAUGGAUUGCAUUUCUGUAGCUAAAAUGCUUAAGACUUCCUGGCAAUCCUCCCACUUGUACCCACCACACUGAGGACAAUGAAGAAAAAAAAGGGGUUUUUUCUGAACGACAAAUUGCAUUUGUGUGUUCAGGACACAAAAAUAACCUGAUAUGCAUAGAGCUCUUGCAGUGUAGUAAAUGUUUGCCUGUAAAAUGUGUCAAGGUUAACCUUUGUAUCAGCAAUUCUUGUCACUCAUAACAACAUUCUGCCUUUCCAUUCUAGGAUUGGGUUAACCUGUUACAAAGGUUGAAAGGUCUGUGCCUUGUUACUAUAUUAUCUCUUACUAAAACAAACUUAAGCCGCUCAAAGUUACAGAGCAUUUGCAGCACUGUAAACUGCACAAAUUCCCAACCAUUGCUUCACUGCAUGAAGUGUAGUCAGAUUACUAGUGAUGAAAUAUUGUAGUGAUGAAUUCCCAAGCUUAUGAAUGUUUUGAGACUUUUUUUUUUAGUCUUCUCUUGGGCUGGUCCUGAGAGCGUGUACAGGUUUGUCUGUAUUGUUGGUUUGUAGAUGCUAAUGAGGAAAACCAGGCUUUUGUUCUCUCCUUUUUCUUUGAAUUGUUACACUCCCAUAUAGUGCAUAGAAUGCAAAUAAAGAAAUGUUGAUUUGACAUAAUCUAAACAGCCUUUUCAGCCUAAGCAUUCAUAAUAAACUUUUAUAGUGUAAUAACAUGCUAAAUCACUACCAGUCUGAUGUAUUGUGCAAAAAAAAAAAGGUGUAAACAUUUUAUUAAUAAAAAGCUUUGUUUAUAAA